AUGCAGAUUAUUUUUAUGUUGAACAUGGUGAGAGUAGGAGAUCUUUUGAUGCUCUUUGGAUGUAGGUUUUAUCCGACUUACCACUCUUAAUUUGGUCUUUGGUCCUCUUAAGGGAGCAUUAAAUGGUGGGUGGUAUUGACAUCCCUCACAGUGACAAAAGGUUUGCUGGAUUCAGCAAGGAUUCAAAGCAAAUAACCUGAGGACAGUUCAAUAUAUUCUCUGCUCUUUUCAAAGACGAACGAUGAAGCUACACUAUCGACCAUUGGAAUCUUGCCGCAUCCACCCCUUGUGGUGAUAUGAAGUUUGAAACAUACAAACUAAUUGGCCUUGAAAAUUAUAAUGGUGAUGUGAUCCACACAUUAAAGUUGGAAGGCAGCAAAGGUGGGGAAUGAGGCAUAUCAAAAUGAUGUACUCAAGUAAAUAGAGAAGAAGCAUUGGAAAUGGACUACCGGAGGAGUUGGAAAUGAUCUUUGAUGAUGUCUAAACUCUAUAAGAGGACAUACUCCCCCUCACCAAAGCUCUAGCGGAUAGCACAUUGACCUGGAGUGAAGAUGAUUUUGCAGAGGAUCUUUUUUGUGGAUAUUUAAGAGCUCAUGUCCAAAAACGAUAAGGCAAGCAACUAGAGAUAUUGCACUUCAAGCUCUAAAAGAUAAGAAAAAAGGAAAGCCAUAAAGAAAGCUCUAAAAGGUGUAGUAGGGAGGUUCUUGUGGAGAACUUCAUUUCUAGCUUUCCAGAUGUUGUAUACACAAGCUGCAAAGAUGGCAGCUAUCUUCAAUCUUCUCUUAGCUGGGGAGAUGUUGGUAAUACGUUGGGAUGGAGAAUUUGUUCCAUACCAGGUUACUCCAUGGAACCUUAUGAAAAUCCCCCACAAGCCAUAUAUAGCCUGCUUUAAGUGUGUAGGCACUGCUGCAAAUCAUAUUGGUGAAGCACCCUCUAAUUUGCAGGAGUUUUUUUCCUGUAGUAGCAGGAAUCCCUUUGAAUCUGACAGUCCCAAAUACUACAUCCCUUGAGAUAUUUGUUGUGGAUCCAUUUGAUCCAUAAUAUGUCCUUCUUUAAAGAUAUGUCCCAAAUCAUCUUCAUGAUGCUAGCUUUAUUCCAUAAUGUUAGAUUUUUGAGCCCUAAACCUCCAUUUGUCUUUGGCCUGCAUAGGUCCUCCCAUGAGACUAAUGAGGUUCUUCUAUAAUCAGGUGAGGAUCCCCAU